CCAUGGUCCAGACUUGGUGGUCUGUCCUUAAACCUAAGUGAUUUUACAUUAAUCAGAAGGCUCCAAAACGUUGCAUUUCUACUCUAGUUGAUAUUAAGUUGAAGGAAGUGACGGUCGAGCUUAUUUUUGAAGGAGUCAAUCGUGUUACACUGGACCACUGAUGAUGGGAGCUUAUUCCAUUCUCGCACCACAACGUUGGUGAAGAAAAAUUUGGUGCAGUCUGAAUUUACUUGUCUACAUCUGAGUUUUACGCCAUUGUUCCUCAUGCGCAAAGUGGAGAGUGGACUCUAAUGGACUUUCAGUAACACAAAAGCAGCGGACUCUCAAUUGAACUUUUUCAUGCUAUCAAGUGCAUAGGUGAUUGCCAGAGAGACGCACACAGACAGAGAGAUAGUAGAAGAUAAGCUAUCAUGAUACAGGGGGCUGCCGUCAUUAUACCACCCCAUAGUCCUGUGGCGCAGUGUUCCCUCCUCGCUGUGUUUGCUGACUUGUGCUGGGUGGGGUAGGGCGCUGAUGCCAGGUUAUCCUACGCAGCGCAUCACAUUAUCCUUAACCCUUAGACGGCGACAGGGAUUGAAGAGCAGCUCCCCCUAAAUGAAUGAUGCGCGGAGUGACCCGACACAUUUACCUUAAGCAAUACCCUCACGACCCGUUUUGAAGGCCCUUGACGGAACUAAGACUUGAGCGCCCCUUGCUGCCGUUGGGUAUUUAGUUAACGCUUUAUGAAGAGGAGGCGGAGGCAGCCCAGAGAGUAGUGCGUGCGGCCCGGAUGUGAGGCGGGACUAGAUGACCACUAGGGAGGCAGAGCAGGAGUACUAUGGGGUUAGCCAGGAAGUGCUUCUUGGCGAUAAUUGCAAUAGGUGCCGUGCUCCUUUACAAAGCCAUGCACUGGAUUGACAUAGAUGAUGCAAAGCUGUUGAGACGAGUCAAUGAUGUGAAGGACUGUGAGGCAUUGCAGAGGGACCUGGACAAAAUAUGGGAGUGGAGUGGUACAUGGCAGAUGGAAUUCAACCUUGGGAAAUAGUUCAGCACAGUCGCCGCGGCAGCAACGGCAGUGGGUUGUUGCCACGGGAACAGCACACUUAGCGCACCGGGCCUUGAUGUCAAGCAGACCAUGGCGGCCCCAGAUGUGCCAGAGCCGGUUGAGCCCAUCAUGUACAACCAGGACCUCUAUAUUGGCCUGGGGCUCUCCAUAUCCUCCUCGGUCUUCAUAGGCGGGAGUUUCAUCCUCAAGAAAAAGUCCCUUCUUGCCCUGGGGAAGUCCGGGGGCGUGAGGGCGGGUGCUGGCGGCUACGGGUACCUCCGCCACUGGCUCUGGUGGGCGGGGCUCCUCUCCAUGGGCUUCGGGGAGGCCCUCAACUUUGUGGCGUAUGCGUUCGCGCCCGCCACACUCGUCACGCCGCUCGGGGCGCUCUCCGUGAUCGUGACGGCGCUGUUCUCGCAGUAUUUCCUGGGCGAGGUGCUCAACGUGCUGGGCAAGAUUGGGUGUUCGCUGUGCCUGCUGGGCGCGACGGUGGUGGUGAUCCACGCCCCCAAGGAAGUGGAGGUCACCAGCAUGGAGGAGCUGGCUAACAAGCUGGUGGACCCGGUGUUCCUGGUGUUUGUGGCGGUGGUGGUGGCGGCUUCGCUGGUCCUCAUCCUGCACUUUGCUCCGCGCUAUGGCUCUCGUAACGUCACCAUCUACAUUGCCAUCUGCUCCCUCAUUGGUGGCUUCUCUGUGCUGGGCUGCAAGGCGAUUGGUCUGGCCGUCAAGGAAACCAUCAACGGCAACAAUGAAUUCAGGAACUGGAUCACCUGGCUGGCAGUGUUCAGCCUCAUCGUGUGUGUCAGCACCCAGAUGAACUACUUAAACAAGGCGCUGGACAUCUUCAACACGUCGCUGGUCACGCCGGUGUACUACGUGUUCUUCACGGCGUGCGUCAUCCUGUCCUCGGCCAUGCUGUUCAAGGAGUGGAAGGGGCUGCCCGCCAGGGACGUCAUCGGGGUGCUGUCCGGCUUCCUCACAGUCGUCAUCGGCAUCUUCGUCCUUCACGCCUUCAAGGACAUGGAUGUUACGUGGCAGGGCAUGUCGGCGCUGCUGCAGGCUGGCGGGGAGGCGCGGCGGGUGCCCAACGGGGACCUCCUGGAGCAGAGCGAGGGCAGCCCGGACCACAUGGCGCCCCUGGUGGAGGAGGAGGAGGGUCUCAUCACCUCGGAGCCGCUCUCUUAUGGCUCAAACAAGAGGGGAUACUAGACCACAAGUACACCCACGCCAAGACUCGCUCCGUCACUCAGUCAGUCAGUCAGUGGUUCUUGCGUGUCUCUGAAGCUACGAUGACCUCUAACUGAUUGAUUCCUGUGUAUAUGUGUGUGUGUGUGUGUUAAUAUAGUGUUGCUGUGUUAUAUACAGUAAAGGAAACACCUCAAGGGCAAAACAAAGAAAACAGUAAUGAAGGAAAAGCCCGCGACUCACUGCUCCUGUAAAAAGAGUUCAGAGGAGUGGCCAAAAGAGAGGUCGAUUUCGGAAGGAGAGUGAGUGGGAGAUAGUUGAAUGAGAAAUAUGAGUUUUUUCUAAUCUCUGAAGCUGGGAUGACCUCUAACUAAUCAAUUCCUGUGUGUGUGUGUGUGUGUGUGUGUGUGUGUGUGUGUGCGGAUAUAGUGUCUGGUGAUAGUGUUGCUGUGUUAUACUGAAAAUGAGUUGCCUGAAGAAUGUGAUGGUGAGUAUCUUCCUAAUCUCUACAACUGUGAGGGAUUGGAAGGGUGGACUUAUGUAUGUGUGUGUGUGUGUGUGUGUGCGGAUAUAGUGUCUGGUGAUAGUGUCGCUGUGUUAUACUGAAAAUGAGUUGCCUGAAGAAUGUGAUGGUGAGUAUCUUCCUAAUCUCUACAACUGUGAGGCAUUGGAAGGGUGGACUUAUAUAUGUGUGUGUGUGUGUGUGUGUGUUGUUAGUGUUGUGUGUGAUAUUGAAAGUGAGGUGACGAAUUGCUUAUGAUAAUGAAGGUGAGAUGAUGUGUCAGAGUGAUAGUGAUGAAUGUGAGGGUGCAGCGAGUUGGCACACUGACUUGCAUAUGAAUGGUGAUGAUAUGAUGGUGAAUGAAAGGAAGAAGUGGCGAUGAUGAUGAAUGUGAAUGAAAGAAGUGGUGAUGAUGGUGAGAGAAAGAACAGUGACAGUGAAUAAAGAAAUGAUGAUGGUGAAAGUAGGGAGGAGUUAUGAUAGUGAGAGAAGUGAUGAUAAUAGUGAAAGGAAGACGAUAGAUUGAGGUGUUUAUCAAAGGCUGUACAAUUAUGAUGAUGAAUGAUAGUGACGAUGAUGGUGAACGAGAGAAUGAUAGUGAAAGAAUGAAGUGAUGGUGACAGAUAAAGAAAAGAAAGAAAACGAUAGAUUGAGGUGUUUAUCAAAGGCUGUACAAUUAUAGAUGUGAAUGAUAGUGACGAUGAUGGUGACUGAGAGAAUGAUAGUGAAAGAAUGAAGUGAUAGUGACAGUUAAGGAAAAGAAAGAAGAUGCUGCUGAGGGUGUUUAUCAAGGGCUGUACACUUAUAGAUGUGAAUGAUAGUGACAAUGAUGGUGAAUGGGAGAAUGAUAGUGAAAGAAUGAAGUGAUAGUGACAGUUAAGGAAAAGAAAAGACGAUAGAUUGAGGUGUUUAUCAAAGGCUGUACAAUUAUAGAUGUGAAUGAUGGUGACGAUGAUGGUGAACGAAAGAAUGAUAGUGAAAGAAUGAAGUGAUGGUGACAGUUAAGGAAAAGAAAAGACGAUAGAUUGAAGUGUUUAUCAAGGGCUGUACAAUUAUAGAUGUGAAUGAUAGUGACGAUGAUGGUGAACAGAAGAAUGAUAGUGAAAGAAUGAAGCGAUGGUGACAGUUAAGGAAAAGAGAGAAGACGAUAGAUUGAGGUGUUUAUCAAAGGCUGUACAAUUAUAGAUGUGAAUGAUGGUGACGAUGAUGGUGAAUGAGAGAAUGAUAGUGAAAGAAUGAAGCGAUAGUGACAUUUCAAGAAUAGAAAGAAGAUGAUAGAUUGAGGUGUUUAUCAAAGGCUGUACAAUUAUAGAUGUGAAUGAUGGUGAUGAUGAUGGUGAACGAGAGAAUGAUAGUGAAAGAAUGAAGUGAUGGUGACAGUUAAGGAAAAGAAAAGACGAUAGAUUGAGGUGUUUAUCAAAGGCUGUACAAUUAUAGAUGUGAAUGAUAGUGACGAUGAUGGUGACUGAGAGAAUGAUAGUGAAAGAAUGAAGUGAUGGUGACAUUUCAAGAAUAGAAAGGAGACGAUAGAUUGAGGUGUUUAUCAAGGGCUGUACAAUUAUAUAUAUGAAUGAUAGUGAUGGUAAUGGACGACGGUGAAAUAAUGAUGGUGAAGAUAGUGAACUGGUAAUGAUAGUGACCAUUCAAUAGAGGUAAAUGAAGCAGCAGGGUUUUCAGGGCAUUUCUACAUGACUAUUAACUAGACCAAUGACAAUGAGGGAUACCUGGUGAGAGAGAGAGAGAGAGAGAGAGAGAGAUUUAGAACUCUUACUUAAGGAAAUCAAUCACUCCCUUCAAUAUAUAAGAGAGAGAGAGAGAGAAAGAGUGCUACUUUAGAACUCUUACUUAAGGAAAUCAAUCACUCCCUUCAAUAUAUAAGAGAGAGAGAGAGAGAGAGAGAGAGAGAGAGAGAGAGAGCGCUACUUUAGAACUCUUACUUAAGGAAAUCAAUCACUCCCUUCAAUAUAUAAGAGAGAGAGAGAGACUUUAGAACUCUUACUUCAGGAAAUCAAUCACUCCCUUCAAUAUAUAAGAGAGAGAGAGAGAGAGAGAGAGAGAGAGAGAGAGAGAGAGA